AUGGGGACUCUACGCGAUCUCCAAUACGCACUACAGGAGAAGAUUGAGGAGUUGCGACAACGAGACGCGCUUAUUGACGAACUGGAGCUGGAAUUAGAUCAAAAGGACGAAUUGAUUCAAAAGCUUCAGAAUGAACUGGAUAAAUACCGAUCCGUUAUCAAACCGGCGACGCAACAAGUCCACAAGGCAAGCAAACUACAGGAGCAGCACAGGACCAAGAGACAGGCGAUAUCAGGAGAGCCCACCACCUUUGACAUUCAUGAACUCAGUCAUGUCACUCUUCCAUUCUACCCCAAGAGCCCACAGUAGGUGUAAUAUGUCCAUCUUUGUUCAUUGUCUCUUACCUGUGUGCUGACUGCUGGGCAUCUUUUUUAUAUCCCCAUGUCCCUAUUAGAGUAUGAGUCAACUGGUACCAAAAGUGAAUACCAUGACAACAACAUUGAUGUCUAGUAGGCUAAUUGAAUGGCAACAUGAUGGCUUUAGAUUUGCCUGUGUUUGCAUUUGCAAUGAGGUACGUUUUCUUGUGUGUGUGCGUGUGUGUUAUGGCAACAUGAUAUCAGGCAGCCACUAUAUCUUUGCGUAAUGGAUGCUAGUUGUGCAGUGACAGUAUGGUUUGUGCAUACACCUGGCUGAGUAUACAAACGUUUGUUUUAUUUGAGUUUGACACUGUUAUGCAGUCAGUAAACCCCCAUCAUGCACAUCCACUCAAAAUGUUACAGUAACAGUCAGCCUCUGACAGCAUAUGCCUGACAUUUCUAAUUUACUUGUUGCUCAAACCCACAUUAAGUGUUUAGAAACAUAAACUAUUCUUAUUUACAAUAAAAGUGACUCCAAAAUGAGACAAUACAUUAAAUACAUUAUUUAUGAAUCAUUUUUAUUGGGAACAAAAUAAUCUGAAACAACUAAAACAAACUGCAAAUGCAUCCAACAAGUUUGUGGAGUCACAAACUUGAUGUAGUCAUUGCGUGCUAGGAAUAUGGGACCAAAUACUAAAGUGCAUUUUGUCCAAAUACCUUUGGUUCCCUAAAAUGGGGGGACUUUGUACCAAAAGUGUUGUAAUUUCUAAACGGUUAACCCGAUAUGGAUAAAAACAAGGUCAAAUUAAAACUGACAGUCUGCACUUGAACCUAAUAGUCAUUGUAUCAUUUCAAGAGCUAGAGUACAGAGUACAAAACAACAAAAAAUGUGUCUCUGUCUUUUGGAGAGUACCAGUCAAAAGUUUGGACACACCUACUCAUUCCAGGGUUUUUCUUUAUUUGUACUAUUUUCUACAUUGUAGGAUAAUAGUGAAGACAUCAAAACUAUGAAAUAACACAUAUGGAAUCAUGUAGUAACCAAAAAAGUGUUAAACAAAUCAAAAUAUAUUUUAUAUUUGAGAUUCUUCAAAGUAGCCACCCGUUGGUGGAAAUUCCACAAAUUAACUUUUAAGAAGGCACACCUAUUAAUUGAAAUGCAUUCCAGGUGACUACCUCAUGAAGCUGGUUGAGAGAAUGCCUGAGUGUGCAAAGCGUUCAUCAAGGCAACGGGUGGCUACUUUGAAGAAUUUGUUUAACUGUUUUUUGGUUACUACAUGAUUCCAUAUGUGUUAUUUCAUAGUUUUGAUGUCUUCACUAUUAUUCUAUAAUGUAGAAACUAGUAAAAAUAAAGAAAAACCCUGGAAUGAGUAGGUGUGUCCAAACAUUUGACUGGUACUGUGUAUAUAUACAUUUAUUCAGGUAAAACCCAUUGAGAACAGGGUCUCAUUCUCAAAGGUGCCCUGAUCACUGUAAUACAACAAUCAAAUACAAUGUGAAACCAAACAGCAAUCAAUAAAAUGUAAAAUAAAUAAAAAAUACAGCACAACACAACAUUUAAGAAAAAUAGUUACAUUUCUCAGCUACUAGGUCCUCAAUCAACACUUUAAAUUGCCCGAGCGGCACCAGAACAUCCAAUUGCAAUGAAUUUUGGACAAAUAACAAUUUCCAUGUAAGAGAUACAUUAUCUGCAUGAAACGAAAACAUUAGGAAACAUUAGGUUAGGAAUUUGUAUAUGUUAAUGCCUUCAGAGUACAGAUCAGAACUUUCUAUUACAGUACUUUUUUUUUUGUCAAAGUUCAGUCAAAGGAGAAAGACAAAGGAGAAGAUUUGUUAUGUGGAGUCAGUCAUUCUUUCUCUCCUAGCUGGCUUUGCCCUUUGAUACAAUCUAAAACCUAUGUAAUCCACUGUCAAGAUAGACUGUUUGUUACAGCAAAACCAGUAGGUUCUCUCCCUCUCGCCAAUAUUGUGUGUGUGUGGUAGGGGAGGGAGGGGGGGUUGCCUGCCUCAUGUUUGGCCUCUGAAAGCAUUAUCUCACUAGUGCAUCUAGUCUCAUACUUCUUCCGUCGCCACUUUUAUCCAGUGUUUGAUCACAGCAGCAAUACUAUAAUAAUUGUUAGGAACUGCACACACAAAUACCCCAUAUGUGCACUGAUGUGACAUUAUUUAAUUUACAACUCAUGCAUGCCUUGGAAACUAUAUUUCUGAAACAGAGUAGGCUGUAAAUAAUCACAACUUUUCUCAGGCUUCUGUUUUGGCUUCAAAAUGCCAUUCUUGGAGCAGUAACUAUCCAUAUGAUACUUCCUUGUUUGUCUUUUAUAAGCCAGUUACAAAAGUCCUGCUUGUCUCAAAGAUAAAUCGUUUUUUCAGUACAUCUAAUUAUAGACUUCAUCCAUGUAUCUGGUUGGUUGGUUGUGGUGGUAAAAUUUCCCUCAACCCCAAUACUUGUCAUUAGAACAAGCUACUGCUGGGCAAUUCCACGAUAAUGGAAUUACGCUGAGACUUUUCACUUUAAAAUGUAUACCAAACAAAAAACAUUGAUUUCAAAGUUUAACAAACCAUACAAAUCUAUGCACAAGGACUACUUUUAACAAUUUACACAUAACAUUUCACCCAAAAAAAUGUACUGGAAGAAAUGUGCAGAUGAAAAGUUUGGUAGCAGAAUUAAGGUAAAAUCUCACUCAGUUUUUUAUGCGACCACGUUUUCCAAAACUGUUAAAUAUCUGCUCCAAAUUAAGAUUCAUAGAUGUCUGCACUGCAGGAAGAAUGGGGUGUCAGCUGUGACAUGACAACUUUAGUAAAAACAUAUCUAUUUUGGUUAUUGAACUACAGUAAGUGAAGUGGAUUUACACCUGGUAACAAAAUUACGGUAACAGAAUUGCAUCAUGGGUCCCUGAUCUGUACAACUCAGAAAUGCAUAAUUAUAGAUAUGAAUGUCAUUCUCUUCCUGGUGAUCAAAUCAAUAUCUAAUUUUAUUUGUCACAUGCGCCAAAUACAACAGCUGUAGAUUUUACAGUGAAACGCUUACUUAUGAGCCCUUCCCAACAAUGCAUGUAUCCUGAAUAGGUACACAAAGGUAGAAAUAUGCAAUAUUAUCCUUUGCAUAUGGGUAUUAUUCUACACACUGGCUAUUAUUCUAAUGAUCUCCGCCCCCAAACAAGACCACAUUUGGUCGGUCCGGACCAAAUCUGAACCAAUCAUAGAUGUCUAUGUUUCACAAGUUUGGACAUCACAGUAGAGCACAGUAUAGUUCAGAACAGUACAGAAGAGUACAGAAGAGUACAGUUCAGAACAGUACAAUACAUUAUACUGUACUCUACUCUAGCGUGCUCUACUGUACUAUACUGGACUCUACUGUACUCUACUGCAUUGGUUUCCAACCUUUUUUGGUUAAUGUACUACCAAGUACAUUUUGCUCUGCCCGGAGUACCCCUGAAGUACCCCCUCAUGUGCAUUUUACCAGUAGGCCUAUGCCUCAUGAGUCUUCUCAAGUACCCCCUGUGGAUAGGGCAAGUACCCCCAGGGGUCCUAGUAUCCCUGGUUGGGAAACACUGCUCUACUGUACUCUACUGUGCUUCACUGCACUGUACUGUGCUGUCCAAACUUGUGAAACAUAGACGUCUAUGAUUGGUUCAGAUUUGGUCCGGUUACCAAUUAUGGACGUUUAUGUUUGGGCCAAAUCAAAGCCAAAAAUAAUCUACGUCUCUAAACGUUGAAAUUAAGGCCGGUCUGGACCAACCCAAAAAAUGACGUCUGUGGACGUUGAAAUCAAGGCCAGGGUGGACUGACCAAAUUUCAACUACCUUUCAACAUCUAUGGACGUCUGACGUCCGAUGUCGGUCGGUGCUCAGUGGUUGCGGAUGCUGGUUACAGUAAAUGGAAAGAGAGUGGGCUCUUGGGUAGGUGUCAGUAAGAGCCGGGAGAGGUAUCAAUAACUGGAGAGAGAGAGAAGAGAAAGGCAGAGAGAAAGAGAGGGGUUGUCCAGACUAGUGUUGUCACGAUACCAGAAUUUUUACUUCGAUACCGAUACCAGGUUUAGUAUUACGAUAAUUGAUAGCAUCACGAUACUUAAUACCAAAUAGAUGCCAAAACGAUACAAAAAUGAUACCAUGGCAAAAAAAGAAGGUGUAUUAGCCAAAGUCAUAGAAUGGCACUUGAUCCAGACAGAAACUAAGCUACUGCUCUAUUCAAUCGUUGGGCGUCUUUUGAGUUCAAUAUCAUUAUGUUUGAAUUGUUUUACGUUAACAUUUUUCAGAGACAGCCAUGUAUGCAUUAAAGGGGAACUGCACCCGCUGAUUUGGUCUUGUUUUGUGGCUCGCUCCUCAAGAAAUGCUAGCGGCCACGACUGAAGCCAAACGUGAGUUAGCUUUGAGGCGUGGUUUGAUGUGGGUGUUUCUUGGGUGUGUCCUUGCCAGCACCAAGACACACCCAUCUGUCAGAACCUUACUCCCCCCCCCCCCAAAAAAGGCUCUGAUUAAUUUGAAGCAGCCUUAUGAGCGGUGGCAUUUCUGUCCCUUGUCCCCAAACCCUCUUCAAAAGGACAGGCUGGCAGGCCACCAAGGGGGGUCGGUCCUCUGACACCACCUGGAGUUCAAUACCUCCAAAGGAACUAAUCGUUCUGCUCUCUCCAUUUGUGCUUUUUCUCAGAAUAAUAUUUGACUUUUUGGACUCUUCAAGAGAUGAGUCAUUGUAGUUGAAAGGUGUAUACUCCAGAUAUUUGCUGGGUCUAUUUGGUUUCUUAAAGAAACAUUUCCCUUUACUAUCUUCUGAUUUGUUCAUUAAAGAAAGUUGUAGUAGAGAGACUUAGAAUGUUGACAUUCCUUGAUGAUUUGAGGAUGGAUAUACAGUGGGGUCCGGAAUUAUUGGAUCCCUUGAUAAAGGGGAGCUAUCACAUCAAUUGUGCAUAAAUAUGAUAGCGAACGUUAGCUAGCUAGCUAUACAUAGCUAUGUUUCCAUUUUUCAAGUGAUUUUUCUUCUCCCCCUGACUGGUUGUCAACAGUUCCAGUUCUUGGAACUCAUGUGUUAACCAGAAAAGGCUUCUGGUAAACUGUUUGCCACUAGUGGCAAUACAUAUUGUUGCCACAGGUUUGCCACAGAUUCAAAUAGAAUCUUGAGAGAAUUGUUUGCUCGAAAAUAAACUCUGGCGAACUGUUUCCCACUAGUGGCAAUAAAUAUUAUUGUUGCCAAAGGUUUACCGCAGAUUCACCGCUUUGCUUCUGGCAACAUUUUGUGGCACACAUCUGCAUUGCUUGCUGUUUGGGGUUUUAGGAUGGGUUUCUGUAUAGCAGAAUGCUGAUGUAAAAAGGGCUUUAUAAAUACAUUUGAUUGAAAUUUGGUAUUUAGUUUUCAUCGAAUUUGCCACAAACUUGCGGGAAGUUUGCCGCAACAAAUACUUUUUUGUAAGGGUUAUCUUUAUCAAGGGAUCCAAUAAUUCCGGAUUGCCACUGUAUAUUGGAGAGUCAUUUUAAGAGUUAGGCUUUCGCUUUUCCCAAUGUUCUUUCACUGAGACUGUUUGGAAAGACUUUGCCAUUUCAAACAUGGAUCUGGCAUGUCAUGUCAUUUUGCUUUGUACUGUAAAUGUGGAGGUCCAAUGUUCUUUCACAAUGUCUCUACAAUGCAAUUGUAAAGGAAGCAGUUAAUUAAUGGAAGCAAUCUAAAUGAUAAAUGUCUAUUCUCUCUGUUAUAAUAUCAUCAUGGUUUUAGCAAUUUUAUUAAAUAGUCCGUUGUUAAAUGCUACAGUGUCAAAAAUGAUUUUGGCACAUUUUAAUUAUGGAUAUUGUUCUCAAGAAUGACAUUUUAAGAAUUACUAAUCGGUAAUUAUACAUUGAGUGAUUCCAGUCACUCAUUCACAGCUAACACUGCUGAAUGAAAAAGUGAGAAAAUAAGAAAAAAUCAAAAGAUUAUACCAGAAUUUCGCUACACAGUAAUGGGCACGACUGGGGUGCCAGCAAAAUCGAAUCACAGCAGAUGAGUGUUGAAAUGUUUCAUACUGGGUACAUUACCAUAUUUUAAUCCUCAGCUGCAGAUCUUUGCUAUUUAGUCACCUGAAAAUAAGCCUUCAUUAUUAUUUUAGUACAGAAUGUUUUUACUUCAUGUUUGAUGCAACAUGUGACCUUCAGUAAAAUCAUGAUUAUAAAAGCAUAAAUCACACAGAUAAUAUCAGAGAUAUGGGGCAUAGAACAGAACAAUUUAUCAGAACACAGUGUUGGGGGUCCCCAUGAAAAAGAGAUGAAAAGCUGUUUAUGAUGAUUAUUUAUUCAUAAAAAGGCUGAUCAUUUGAUUUAGUCAUUGUCUGCAAUGCCCCAUCUGAUUUAAUUUUAGAUCUACUCAUUACUCAAGGAGCCCAUCUGUGUCUGCUCUUCCAUGUUGCUUUACUGAAACACUUAACUUCUGCUUAGCCUCUGGAUAAGACUGACGGUUACACAGCUGUAGACUCCAAGCGACACACUGUUAAGCAGACAUGUUGCCAGGCAGUACUGUAAUACACAACUGGCAAUGAACAGGUCAUCAAAGUGAGAUUGCUUUUACAGAAUCACACACGUCCCACUGCCCCAGAAUCACAAUCACAUCUGGCUCUCUAUUCAGCCUUUAAUGAGAAUAGGUUUGUAAUAAGGGGAGCUUCAUAAUUAAUUUAGCACUCCUUCACAUCUCUGCACAAACACAUCCAGUGUGGACAGACACUACAAACAGUUGAUUACUGUGCUGUUGUCAGAAGGGAGGGCAGGAGUGCUGGGGGGAAGGGGCAGGUUUAUUAAGGACAGGUCCCUAUGGGGAUCUAAUAUAAUGUGCCUUCCUCUUUCUCUACAGCUCCGGACUCCUUUUCCCAAGGUUACUGUGUUCUAGAGGCAGGUUGACGUUUAUUGUCACAUGUCUUGCCCUGGAGGCAGAACUGAGCGGUUUCCGCUAGAUGGGCCAAAGUCAAAAUUGGCUAUAUUGUAAAAAAUGAGUUUUUUGUCUUAAUUUAAAGUUAGGGUUAGGCAUUAGGAUUAGCAGUGUGGUUAAGGUUUGGAUUAGUUUAGGGUUAGGUUUAACAUCAGAUUUUAUGACUUUGUGGCUGUGCCAGCUAGUAACCACUGCAGAGCUGCCUCCAGUACACGAGUCAUCGCAAUAAAUGCCAAUCUGCGUUACAGGUACAGAGCUAGGCAGAUUUUGGUUGAUGUAUCCACCACCCACCUCUGCUUCUAGCUCAAAUCUAUGCAUGUGAAUGUAUACAGUAGGCUACAGCAGAUAAUGUAAUUUAAAAAUAACUAAUUUAAACUCUCAGUGCCCUGAAUGCCCUAUCUGACAGUGUCUCACUGUGCCGUGUGUCUCUCUCUUCUGGGCUUCGUAGAAAAACAAAGCUAUCAAAGGUGAAAUAGGAAUUCAGAACUGGCUAUGAACUUGUUGCAUUAUUGUUAGGACAGACUGAGUACAGGGGGGCUUAUCUUGACUCCGAGGACAUUACCACACAAUACCAGUGUUCAAGUGGUGCUAGUGGCACAGUGCUAAUGCCUUGUAUCUGAGUGUCAUCUCUCAGCUCUCUGUACCUCUGAAGGGCAGCAGCACCAAUCUACCAGCUCAGCUAGGAUUCGCUGGAACAGAUGCCCUAUCGCGAACCAUCCUCUCACAUCAGACAACAUAAUAUAAUUUCCAAUCCCAAAGAAUAAGGCCAUAUGAUUUUUAAAGUGCCCACUCUCUCUGUUAUCAGCAUAAUACGAUGAUUAUGGUAGUGAAGCCAGAGUACUAAUUGUUGGAUGAGGCAUUUCUGGGUAGUCAUAACAAGGCCUCUGAGGUAAAAUGCAGGGUAGUAGAAAUGCCUUAUCAUCCCUCCAACCUCCCAGCCUAUAAAGGAGGGCUGUUGUACAGAUAAGAACUGAUUAUAUUCACAGGCCCUAAGGUGGGGAGAAACAAUAUGGUGAUUUUUGACUCAAAUGACUUGUUGUGUAGCACUUCUCUCCAAUCUGGCCUUUAGGUGCCUUUUAUUUCCAAACUGUUGACUGGAUGCUCACGUAGCGUUAUUUAUUGAUGGAAGUUUGUGGGCCUUUUUUCAAAUGGAAAUAUAGAAAAAGCUUCAACAUUUGAAAGCAGUCUGUCAAAACAGAACAGACGUUGAGCCACUCUAUAGAUUCUUUUGACGAGACUUGUUCAUGUGAACAAGUUUUCCCCACUUUAUUCUAGCUUCAGGAACAGAACGUUAAACUUUGCUUACACAUCUCUUUUCAUUCAAUUCUCAGGUCCAAGGACAUAAUCAAGGAGGCCAUUCUUGACAACGACUUCAUGAAGAACCUUGAGCUUUCUCAGAUCCAAGAGAUCGUUGACUCAAUGUACCCAGUUGAAUAUGGCAAAGACAGUUGCAUUAUCAAAGAAGGGGAUGUGGGCUCCUUGGUGUAUGUGAUGGAA